GCUGCAUGUCUAUCUCCGUCGCCACCUUUCCUUUCUUCUUCUUCGUCGUCGAUUAGGAAGGUAGCUGGUAGCUGGGCAUGGCUCCCAAGCGGCGCAACAAGCAGGUGGUCCGCUCCGUGGUGAAGACCAAGGUGGUGCAGGAGACCGUCGAGGAGGUGACCACCGCCAUUGUCGGCGACCAGGCGGCUCCGGCUCUGCAGGCGCUCCCCACCGUCGACGUGUCCGGCUCCACCAGUGCUGAUGUGAAUGUGAAGCAGCCCAAGAGAGGCCGCCGCGAGAUACCCGUGUCACUGCAGAGCCAAGAGACGCAGGACCCCAACGAGGAGCAGGAGGAGGAGGAGAAGCAGCCGGAGACUCCGAGGGUGGCGUCGGAGAGGAAACCAAGGGAUCAGGCGAAGCAGAAGCAGAACGAGGAGGGAGGUACUGGUGCUGGUAAGAUUAAGAAGCGGCGGCGGCGUCGGUUGGGCGCGAGCCCCGGAGGGGACGUCGGGAUGGGUGGCGUCGGCGGUUACAAGCGGUACGUGUGGCGGGUGCUGAAGCAGGUGCACCCGGAGAUGGGCUUGUCGGGGCGCGCCAUGGAGGUGCUGGACAUGAUGAUGGCGGACAUGUUCGAGCGGCUGGCGAACGAGGCGGCGCGGCUGUCCAGGGUGACGGGGCGCGCGACGCUGACCUCCCGCGAGGUGCAGAGCGCCGUCCGGCUGGUGCUCCCCGGUGAGCUGGGGAAGCACGCCAUCUCCGAGGGCGUGAAGGCCGUCUCCAAGUACAUGUCCGGCUAGCAAGCUAGGCCCUGCGCCUGCGGUGGGCGCCACCGGCGAUCGACGCGACAGCGCCGGAAGGACCGACCACCUAGCUAAGCUAGCCAACUGUAGUGGAGUACUCUACUGUAGUAAGCAGGGGAAUUAAAUUAAACUAAUGUAGUUAGGCCAGGUUAAUUUGUGGUAGCAACUGGAGGAGU